AUGUUUCUGGUUCUUUCAGCCACCACGGAAUUAAGGGACUUUUUUGCCAAAGCCCGAAACGGUUCAGUUCGGCUCAUCAAGGUCAUCAUUGAGGAUGAGCAGCUCGUGCUGGGAGCCCACAAAGAGCUGUCCCGGCGCUGGGAUGCCGACUACGACGCCUUUGUGCUGCCCUUGCUGGACGAGCAGCAGCCGUGCUACGUGCUGUACCGCCUGGACAGCCAGAACGCCCAGGGUUACGAGUGGCUCUUCUGGCUCUUCAUCUCCUGGUCCCCCGACAGCUCCCCGGUCCGGCUGAAGAUGCUGUACGCCGCCACACGAGCGACGGUGAAGAAGGAGUUUGGCGGGGGGCACAUAAAGGACGAGAUGUUCGGAACGGUGAAGGAGGACGUGUCCCUGAGCGGUUACCAAAAGCACGUGUCCUCCUGCUCCGCGCCAGCCCCACUGACCGCAGCCGAGCAGGAGCUCCAGCAGAUCCGCAUCAACGAG